AUGGCAAAUUCCAUUGUUACACAAAUCUCACUCCUAAUAUUUUCCAUUAUUCUACUUGUUCUAAGCCAUUCAAACAAUGCAACAGCAACCACUACUACCAAGGAGGCCUCAGUUGUGUCGAAAGAGCAAGUAGCAUGCACGAUGUGCGACGCGUGUGAAAACCCAUGUGAGCCCUUGCCAACACCACCGCCACCAGUCGUCGAAUGCCCGCCGCCACCAGCUCCUCCGCCGCCUUCUCCACCGCCCUACAAAGAACCAGAAUGCCCACCUCCUCCAAUGCCUAAACCUCCUUGCCAAGAGAAUAUUUGCGGCGGAGGCGGCGGUAAUUAUGGUCCUCCCGGCGGUGAAGGUGGCAGUAAUAACAGUCCCCAAUAUCCUACUCCUAUUAUGCCACGUCCCCCAUAUAUGCCGGUGGGUGAUGCUCCGCCGGCUUCAUACUAUCCCAACUACUAUAUGCCUCCACCUUCAAGCUCUCUAAGAAUCACAAUCACCCCUAUUCUCAAUUCCUUGUUCUUCUUCUGCUUCUUUCUUUCCUUAAUUAUUAUGUAG